CAGGCGGGCUCCGAGUCGCCCACCGUCUGGGCGCGGCUGGCCUCCCUCGCGCAGCUGGCCGCGGACCCGCCGGCCCCCAGCGGGCCCGCGCCCGCGCCCGCGGGCCUGCUGGAGCCCGCCUGGCGGAAGUGGUACGAGAGGCGCGACUCCUGGCCGCGGCCGCUGUACCGGCAGACGCCCAUGACCCUGCACCGAACGGCGAAGCAGGCCCUCGCCAUCUGCGUGCCCGCGAAGCACGGCAGCAGCCGGUGGGUGAAGCUGCUGCGGCGGAUCGACGGCCACCCGGACUACCGCGAUUUCGACGUGAGGUCCAGCGGGAAGCUUCUGCGCCGCCUGAGCGACCAGCCCGUGGCGGUGCAGCGCGAGGUGUGGGCAUCGUCGGCGCACUUCAAGGUGCUGGUCGCGCGCAAUCCGCUCAUCCGCGCGCUCAGCGCCUACCUCGAGAAGCGGGCCGAGCUGUCGCUGCCGCCGACGUUUGCCGCAUGGGUUGCCUCUGAGCUCCGCAGGGACAAGCGCGGCAGUGCGGACGAGCACUGGCGGCCGCCCACCGAGUCGUGCGAAUCCCCCGCGCGCGUCCACUACGACUUCAUCGCGCAUGUUGAGACGCGCUCGCAGUGGUUGCCCGAGUUCGCCCUCUUGCUCGGCGUGAGGGCCAUGGUUGACCGCGGCUGGGGUACCUCUGGCGACGAGCCCUUCGCUGCAGCGGUGGGUGAGUCCGAGGCGAAGCACGCGGACGAGCUGGCCAAUCUUCAGGAGCACUACACCCGUGAUGCGUUCCGGGCGGCCACUUGCUUUUAUUCAAGAGGACAUCCACCUGCUCGGCUAUAAGUCCAGCGUCCGCGCGCUCUGGCAGCGCUUGUGGGGCUCGGAGGCGGACUUCCCCGCUGCCGUCGAGGACGCCUGCGGCGGGGCUGCGGAUCCGCCAGUGGGACCUCUCGAGCACACGUGAGCACGGAGAGUUGCGUGGAGCGCCCGAGUGACGGCGCUGACAUCCUCAAGCGCGAUGAUUAGCAUAACGGUCACCAUGCCCCAGAGUUGCACGACGAGUACGAGCAGCGCGACGUUCAGCAGCAUACGGGAAAGACGCAGCACGACCACGACAACCGCCAUGACAUUUCAUGGGGUCGAUUGCCGCGCCUCUGACCUGCAUGACGGGUUCUGGCAAUACGACGUUGACCAGUUCGGGGAGUACGAAUGAGCCAGUGAGCGCUGUCUGCAAGAUUUCUUGUUCUCCCCCUUCUUCCCUUCCUCCUCCAUGCUCUCGCAUCUCUUCUCCCAGUACUCUUCCGCUGGCUUUCGGCCGCGUUAGCGCUCGCCUUCGCUGCUGACCCCAAUGUCAUAUGUUGUUACUUGGUGGGUGGUGGCCUAUCGUUUGCAUCUGACGGACCCCCCCCUCGGCCGCCUUCGGCCAGCCCCAGUCACUUGCGGUGAGUAUGCAUCCCGCCGCCCUGGCUUGCAUGGCAUACUUCCGCCACGCAGUGACACUCGAUACUCCCCCAGCAGCGCCUGUAGCCAAGAUAUGCCAGGUGGCUUGCGCAAGUGCAUGGACGGCUCCGCCGAGG